GAUGGACAAUCAUGCACAAACUUCCUGGACCAAUAUGGCUUGCACCAUACGUUGGACUAUCUGUUUGGUGUCGAAAGUGAUGAAGAGAAGGAGGUUGUCAGAAUUGUUCACAAUAGCUUACAUGAAAUUCUGAAUUGGCUGAAUAAAGACAUUGAUACUCCAGCAAGCCUAUUGGCCUAUGCAGAGGAAAUUGAACUUAGACGCUUAGUAAUUACGCAUGGUAGUCUAGAGAGAUUACGUCGUGGGAUGGAUGUAGACUUGGAUGGGGAAUCAUUGUGUGAGAUUCAUGGCCACGUUCAACUGGAGGAAUGGUUGCACUUACCUGAUGAUUACUUUUUCUAUGACCUAAGACCUGUGGAACAAAACUUGAGUGCGGUAACAAGAAAUCGUGGUGGUGAUGUCAUCUCUUGGUUACAUGAAUUUGUCCAAGAGAUAGAGACUGAGGAAGAACGGUCUGACAUCUUGAAAUUCAUCACUGGUUCCCAUGCUGCAGCCUUUAGUAGAAGCAUCAGGAUCAAGGUUGUCAAUCCAUACGCAAACCUUCCUCACCCAUAUAAUCGAUAUGUGGGUUCAUAUACAUGCACCUCAACUCUAGAAAUAUGUAAUGUUACCAUAACAAUGAAAGAGAUAACUUUUUUAAGAGUUGAGGAGGGCAAUUUGGGAAUGUAG